UUGAUCUACGGUUUUAUCGUGAACGUAAAUUGUUUACGAAAGUGGCGUGGGGUGUAGUCCUAUGUUUGGGGAUAUUUCACGAAUUUUAUUGCAUCAAGUGGGUGUGAAUGAUAUGCCUAAUAGUAUGUGUUAGCUGCUGAAUUUUUGUUGGCUCCAGCUUUAUUGUGGCUAUACAUCCAAGACUGGGGAGACGAUAUUUAUUUUUCCAUUUGGCUGCGCCACAAUAGCCUACUGCAAUGGCAUCUGGGACAGCAUUGCAAAAGGCCAUAGACUUGGUCACCAAAGCCACUGAGGCUGAUCGCGAGAAAAACUUCUCAGAAGCUUGUAGACUGUAUGAACAUGGAGUGGAACAUUUCCUUCACUCUUUGAAAUAUGAGGCUCAGUCAGAAAAGGGGAAAGAAAGUAUCCGUGCUAAGUGCAUUCAGUAUCUCGAAAGGGCGGAAAAGCUGAAGGAGUACUUGAAGAAGCAAGAGGGUAAAGCGGACAAGAAGCCUGUUAAAGAUGGAGGAAGUGGGAAAAAGGAAGACUCUGAUUCUGACUCUGAUUCAGACCCUGACAAGAAAAAGAUGUUGUCCAAACUGGAGGGGGCUAUUGUCAUGGAGAAAAACCUGAAUGUGAAAUGGUCAGAUGUUGCAGGCCUGGAUGCUGCAAAGGAGUCACUGAAGGAAGCUGUCAUCCUACCCAUCAAGUUUCCUCAUCUUUUCACUGGCAAGAGAAAGCCAUGGAAAGGAAUUCUCCUGUUUGGCCCCCCAGGAACAGGUAAAUCCUACCUUGCCAAAGCUGUGGCAACAGAGGCCUCAAACUCGACUUUCUUUUCAGUCUCAUCUGCUGACCUUGUCUCAAAGUGGCUGGGAGAGUCAGAGAAGCUGGUGCGAAACCUGUUUGAACUAGCAAGGGAGCACAAGCCGUCCAUCAUCUUCAUUGAUGAAAUUGAUUCACUGUGCUCUUCAAGAUCAGACAAUGAAUCUGAAUCAGCCAGGCGCAUCAAGACUGAGUUCCUGGUCCAGAUGCAAGGUGUUGGCAAUGACUCAGAUGGCAUCCUUGUGCUGGGAGCCACCAACAUCCCGUGGGUGCUGGACGCCGCCAUCCGCAGACGUUUUGAGAAGAGGAUCUACAUUCCCCUCCCGGAGUCGCACGCCAGGGCAGCCAUGUUCAAAAUCCACCUGGGCAACACUCCGCACAUGCUGACAGAGCAGGACUUCAGGACCCUGGGAGACAAGUCUGAGGGCUUCUCCGGCGCUGACAUCAGCAUCGUGGUGCGGGAUGCCCUCAUGCAGCCCGUCAGGAAGGUGCAGACCGCCACCCACUUCAAGCGAGUGAGGGGUCCGUCCCGGUCGGACCCCAACGCCACGGUGGACGACCUGCUCACCCCCUGCUCCCCCGGGGACCCGGGAGCCAUCGAGAUGUCCUGGAUGGACGUCGACGGCGACAAGCUGCUGGAGCCAGUCGUCAACAUGAGCGACAUGCUGAAGUCCAUGGCCAGCUCCAAGCCGACCGUGAACGACGAAGAUCUUAAGAAGGUGGAGAAGUUCUGCGAGGACUUUGGAAUGGAGGGGUGAGUGGGGCAGUCUGGAAGGGGAUCGUGGGAUUUUGAAAGUCCUUGCUGUUUAGACACGACCAAAGCACUCUUCAGUGGUCCUGUCAGCUUUGGUUAGCCACCUAGCUCUGAUGUUGCUGCAGGGAUGCUCAUGUUCAGUGCAUCAGUUGAAUCUGUCAUUCUGCUUCAAUCAGCACUUGUUGGAAAAUGGCCCGUCUGCUAUGAACGACUGGACGUGACAGACUGAGUGAUAUUUGGUUUGGUUUUUAGAUGUCCAGUCUGGUGAUGUGAUAUGAUAGCACAUGUAGAACCAGUUUGUCACUUUCCUCUGCCGACCCAACUGUAAUUAUCUAUGCUUUGAGGCUAUUUGAAAGUCUGUUUAAGGGGGAGGAAAGGCAUAAACUCUGCUAUCAUUUAACAUGUGUACCUGUGGGUCGAUAACUGGGCCGACAUAGUGAGUGCAUGUGGAUGGGCCGUCCGACUGCCUUGCACGUGAUGUGGUUGUGCGUAUGCUGCAGGCUGCUGGGCUGUAUUAUAAUGAGCAUAGAACUGUGUGCUAUAUUCGAAUUCUUAUGGUGCUGCGUUGGAAUCACUGAGAGAUAAAUGCUUGCGGCCGUCAUUUCUUCUUUGCAUCUGACAUUAUGCGGAAUGGAGACGGCAUCUGCAAAAUGACGGCUCUCAAUAAAUUUAUGAUGUAGUA